GGAACCCUCUCUAUUCUUCUUCUUCUUCCUAUCUUCUCUGUUCUUCUCUUUUCGUCUCCAUUCGAUAAAUCAAAAUCUUGAAUCGUUACAGAAUCUAAUAGUCUUUUCGCAUUCCUUUGAUCGGAUAUAAUUCUCGAUUCAGAUUGCAGACCAUCUGAUCAAUUCUGAUUGAUUCUGAUUAAUUAUAAGGGACAUAAUAUGGCUUCAAUGUUGGCCAAGGUGGAUAGCAGUACUCAAGUCUUCUCUAUGAUGUCAAACCAAGAAAAUGGAACAAGGAAUAAGCGAAAAUUUCAGCCUGAUACUUCUUCUGGAGACCUGAAUAAGGCAGUGGCUCCUGUAUCUGAGUGGCCGAGUUAUGAGUUCUCAGCUAACAAAAUGGAGAUAACCCAAAACCAAGGUGGGUAUACCAAUGGAUGUGAUGGGUGUGGCAUUAUUCAUGACCAUUCAGAUGCUUUGAAAUUAAACCUUGGAUCGUUUGAGGUUAGUACAACUACAAACCCACCCAGAGAUGAAAUAGAGGCAUAUGAUGAGCUACAUGGUAUUACUGAUUGGAGUGAUCUUACAGAAUCACAACUCGAAGAGCUUGUCUUGAUUAACCUUGACAGCAUGUUCAAGAGUGCAAUCAAGAAGAUAAUCGCUUUUGGUUACAACAAAGAAGUUUCUACAAAAGCUGUAUUGAGGUCUGGCAUAUACUAUGGAUGUAAAGACACUGUCUCGAAUAUAGUUGAGAAUACUGUAACAUUCCUUCAAAAUGGCCAGGUAAUUGAUCCAACUAGAGAUCACUACUUUGAUUCUUUAGAACAAAUGGAGAAGUAUACAUUGGCUGAACUGGUCUGUAUUAUACGCGAGGUCAAACCUUCCUACAGCAUUGGGAAUGCCUUGUGGUGCUUGUUAAUCUGUGACAUGAAUGUUUCACAGGCUUGUGCAAUGGAUAUUGAAACAUCAAAUAGUUUAGUCACUAAUGUUGAACCAAAUCAAUGUGACUCUACUCCUCCUAUUCAGUCUCAAUUGGGAAGUGAAGUCAUGGGAGUCUCAGAAUGUUCAAAAAAUCCUUCAUUUGUUGGCAAUGUUACUUGUCAGUGUGAGUCUGCCAUGACAUGUUCUUCAACUCCUAUAGUUGAUAAUUCUUAUCCCGGUGUUCUUUCUGCUCCAGACUUUGUAGCACCUAAGAGUUCUUUUGAUGGCAUGGAUAAAUCCUUUGUUUCUGGCGAUACUGCCCCCGGUCAAAAGAUUGCAACUAGUAGUAGAAAAACUUCGGGUAUUUCUAAGAGAGAUCAUAUACUUCGGCAAAAAUCACUUCAUAUGGAAAAAAACAGUCGUACAUAUAGUUCUAAAGGGAGUAGCGGUUCAAGGAAGGCACAUGGUUUUGGAGGUUCGAUUUUGGAUAAGAAAGUGAAGCCUUUGUUAGAUUCUACAUCUCAUAACCUGAAACACGCAUCAUUAAAUGCAAUCAAGACAGUUGGGGUUGAUGCCCUUCAGGAUAACAAACCCCACAACUUAUCUGCAACAUUUAAUAGUCCAGAAGCAGUUAAAGUCGUUUCUACCUCAUAUAGUAGUUCGAAUAUACCAUUGUUUGCACCUUUAACUACUAGCAGCACAACUUCUUUACCAUUAGCCAUUACAGACCUUUCACUUUCAUUACCUAUGGGAAACUAUACACAUGGAAAUGGAAAUUCUGGGUUUCCUAAUGAGCAGAGCAUCAAAAACUGGAUAGAACAUGGCAAGAAGGAUGAGAUGAUUUUUAAGUUGAUUCCAAAAGUCAGGGAACUGCAAAAUCAGCUCCAGGAAUGGACAGAAUGGGCCAAUCAGAAGGUUAUGCAGGUGACUCGUAGGUUGGGUAAAGAUAAAGCAGAGUUCAAAACACUAAGGCAAGAGAAAGAAGAAGUGGAGAGACAUAAGAAAGAGAAGCAAACUUUGGAGGAAAACACAAUGAAGAAGUUCCCUGAAAUGGAGAAAGCAUUAGGAAAAGCUGAUGGACAGGUAGAAAGAGUUAAUGCUACUGUUCGGAGACUUGAAAUUCAAAAUGCAGCUUUGAUGCGGAACAUGGAGGCUGCUAAACUGCAAGCUGCAGACUGUGCUACGAGCUAUAUAGAGUUAUUAAAGAGGGAGAAAACGGCACUGCUGAAAUUUCAAGCACGUGAUAAGCAAAGGACCUUGCUUCAUGAAGAACUUACAACUGAUAAGCACAAGUUGGCUCAACUUCUACGAAAAGUUGAACAAGCUAAAGAAGACCAAGAUAAACAUGAGGCACGAUGGAAACAGGAAGAGCAGACAAAUGAAGAAUUACUCAGCCAUGUCAGUUCAACUAGAAAAGAAAUAGAGGAAGCAAGAAGAUUGUUUAGAUUGAAGGAAGAUGAGAUGAAUUUGAAAAUAGCUAACAAUAUGCAAAAGUACAAAGAAGAGACUGAAGAGCUUGAGAAAGAAAUAUCACAACUGAGGUUGAAGAGUAAUUCAUCAAAAAUAGAAGCUUUAAGAAGGGGCAUAGAUGGAAGUAAGUCAGUAGUUUCCAAGGAACAAUAUGAAAUGGUGGAUUUGUUAUCAUCGGGGAUUGGGAUGAUGCAGUUGUUGGAGGAAGAUGAUCAAGAUCAUGAAGAGGAAUACAGUACUGGAGGUGGUGUGGAAAGGGACAGAGAAUGCGUAAUGUGCCUUUGCGAGGAAAUGGUAGUGGUCUUUCUUCCGUGUGCUCAUCAAGUAGUGUGCGCAACAUGUAAUGAACUCCACAAAAAGCAAGGAAUGAAUGAAUGCCCUUCCUGCAGGAGCCCCAUUCAGCAACGGAUUUCUGUACGUUUUGCUCAUACUUAACCACCAAACACCCUUUAUAUAUAUAUAAUCUUGAUUUUGCUUCUAAGUCUUGCUGCAGUGUGCUAAAAUAAUGCUCUUUUGAUUAACAUGGAUGAAAAGAGGAGUCUUUCAAAUAUACUUCAUGUUGCUUUUCUUCAUUCAAAACAUGGUUGUGUCCAGGUUGUUCUAUAAACUGGUUUUUAAUAAAAAUGAUAUUAUUUUUCUUCU